AUUUUAUUUCAAUCUCGAUCGCGGGAUUUGCCGUGGCCUAAUGCGCAACUUACAUCCAACUUACAUCCUCUUGCAAGGGGUUGUCCUCUUCCUGCUCUUCCCGCUCUUCCUGCUCCUCCUUCCUCCUCGAUUCCACUGAUACCUGCACUCGCGAUGGCGGUCACGAUGCUCAUUCAGUAUAGAGCGGACAAGGCUCGUCUGUUCAAUAUAUACCAAGAGGACGCGGAACGGUACCUAGCGGGCUUCCUUGGAGACGACUUGCGGACGUUGGGGCUGCCGAUGCCACACGAAUGUGUCUUCAAGUCGUGGCGCACAGGAUUUGUCCUGUGCAAUUGGGACGCGGCGGAUGGCAGCGUGUGUUUGUUUCGCUCUAGGUAUGUCUCCGACUCUGAUCAGACCCACAGUCGUUGCACCGGCAGCUCAUCGCUGCCUUCCAAGACAUUCGCAGAUCCACGAGGUCGUUUCCGGAUCUGUUCAUGUGAGCUGUCGUACGCUACAUCACAGCAUCCUACGCUUCACACCGUCCCCUUCGUCAGUGGGAGGAUCGAACUACAUGACGGCGGAUCGCGGACGGUCGCCUCCGCGCCCUUCGCUUAUAAAAGACAGAAAAAGGCAUCUGCGCACACACGCGAUGUGCCUGCCCCAGGCCCCGGCAAGGCCCCCACCGCGCCCAAGUCGACGCUCCUCGCGAGACAUGCGAGUUCGCCGCUGGCGCGACCAAUGGCACCGUCACACCAGUACCACACAAAUCACUUCGUGCCCAGGUUCCACGGCGAGGCUGACAGCUCCACAGAUGAACGUUCCGCCGCUCCCAAGGAAACACCUUCGUCGACAGGCCUGCGUCCGGAUACCGCAGCGUUCAGUGCCCCAGCAUCCGGCGUGGGGUUCGCGUCCCGUUCGAAAACUACAGAGUUGCCUGCGGCCACCGCUAACGGGACAACGUCCGCACGGCCACAAGGCUUCGUAGUCCCCAAGGUCGAGGAGGAGAGCCACGACGCUAUCCUGCACAGCAGUCCUCCAGCCCUGAAGCGACCGUCGCAGGAGUCUCCUCGACGCGGCCUCUUCCCUCCUCCCAGCGCCUCGUACGCGUUUGCGAAGAGCUCCCGCUCAAGUCCGUCGCCCUCGCGCGCGAGCCACGGGUCCUCUGCGUCGUCGAUGUUCUCGGCCAGGAGCUCGGCGACGAGCAUGUCCAGCAUCAGCACGACGGCGUCGGACGUGGGUACGCUGAUGCGCGAGGUGUGGGACGUGCGUCGGGAGAUGGCGGCGCUGCGUGCGCGGGAAGCGGCGCUGGUGCAGCGGCUGGAGCAGGGAAACGCGCGCCCGGGAGAGGUGCCUCUGCGUGCGCGGGAGCGGCCAUGGACUUCGGAAGGACGUGGAAUGCGUUCAGGGGCUGAAGGUAGUGCAGCAGGUAAGCAGAGGACGUGGCAGCGGGAGAGAUGGAUGUGGCAAGGAAGGACGGGGGCGCUUGCCGGGAGCUGGCGCCGAGACCGCGUUGCGACGGGGCUUAGCGGGCGAAUGGGGAGACGGAGAUGGACCGUCAAUAAUUCGUGAGUCUGUGCACAUCCUAGGGUAUAGAUGACGCGUUGGACUCGUCCUAGGGUAUAAAUGCCGUCGUGCACUCGUCCUAGGUGUAAGGGCGCUGGACUCGUCCUGGACACAUUGGGCGCACUUCCAGCAGGGCACACGGGCCGUAGGAUACAGCUCUCAUUGUAUUCUAACGGAUUCGGAGAGAAAUGACAUCGAUUUUCAGCUACCC